AUGUCAUUCAAAUUAAGGGAGCUGGGGAGAAUCCAGUUCUUCCAGUCUUCCCUUCCCUACUUGAACAAUAAUGCUGUGACUAAAUUUCAGCGAAACCAUACUAGACGCUGGCGUUCCGAAGAUCCCCAUCCUUCGAACCACAAAUUCUUGUCUAUUUCAAAUGGCCACUAUGGCAUCUACUUCACAAUUUUUAACCAUGAAUUGAGACGAGAAGAGAAGAACGGCCUCCAUGACAGUGGUUCCCAUGUCUUAAUGGUGUUCCCCUCGGGAUCACUGCUGUCAAUCCCCAUUCCAUAUUUCGUCAUAAGUAAAGUCAAAGAAGAGGUUUACAGUCACAUUGAUCACCUAAAGACAGUAUCGAAGGAGUUCUUGUCAUCUUGGGCAUUGGUGAAACCCAAACACUUGCUGCAGCAGCAGUAUUUCGUGAGGUCAUUCACCACAUCUGCCACUGAGAAGGAGCCAGAGCCUCUCAAAAUUACUCCAUUGUCACAACCUAAAAUUGAGGAGGUUGUGGAAGAGUUCGGUGGCGAAGAAGUGCCAUUCGCGGAGUCCUUCCGCAAGUCUCAAUGUGACGAAAUCACGAAAGUAUACAACUCCCAUGCAUCUCCCGAGGACCUUGACAUCAUAUAUCCAUUAUACCAGGCUCUCAAACGGAACGAUAUUCCCUCCCCACCAUUGAGCUUUACAACAUUCGACAAGACCUCUCUUGCUUCCAUCGAGUCAAAACUCACGAAUCUCCUUACCGUCUAUCAGGAUAUUCUUCACCUUUGUUCAAGCACACCUUUGAGACCCGACAGUACAACUUACGAUCUCGUCUUGAAAGGAAUAUUCGAAGGUUUCGCACAUCACAUUUAUCAAGAAUUUGAGACAAAAGCGAAAGAAUUUGGCCAGGUAGGUACUGACCUUUUCCUUUCAUUAAAGGACUGUCUGAAUCUUGCACUUUCUUCCAUACUUCCCCAUAUGGUCACUGCUAUGACUAGUUUUCCAGAGCUCUUGACAGUCGAUCUCGUCGAAAAAAUUUUGGAACAUAGGACGACAGUAACUGGUGCAGGCUCUUUUUAUGUUGGUCUCAUCGAGUUGUCCCAGCACUUCGCCUCCUUGGGUAUGCCCAAUCUGAGCCCACAAGACAUUCACCACUACCUCAUCUCCGUUUUUGAGGAUUUCAAAAGCAACGCUCAAGCCUGUCCGGAACUAAUGAGCUAUGAGUACAAUGUUUACUCGGCUCUUCUACUGGCUUUGAUAGCCAACGGCAACUUGUCCUUGGCGACAAAGUUUUUAGAUGACAUAUUGGUUGACUACAAGUCAUCCUUGCAAGCAUCCGAUAAAAACAUUGUGGUUGCUAAGCAGAAAGUUUCUGCUCUCAUCUCCGUCUACCUCGAGGCCAUCACAUCAAGCGGCAAAGCAGGCGACUUACACAAGGCUUACAACCUAAUGAACAAGUUUAACGAUGUUCCUUACCUUCCGGAGUUCUCCACUCAGCUUUACAAUAAGCUUAUCGCCCUUUUCAUCAAUGAGUAUUCCAUGUUAGAAAUGCAGAGACGUGCCUCGAGUGACCAAACAAUACUGAAGCAACAAAAGGACGUUUACAGUAUCAUCUGGAACUUAUACGAAAAGGUGGCGAUUAGAUCUGAUUAUCAGAACAAUAUGUAUGACGCAACGAUAUAUCCCAAGAAGUUUGCGAAUUGCAGGGAGUAUUUGUUGACGUUGAGCAUUGAUUUAGGCGAUUAUAGCAAAGCACACCGCUUGAUGAAGGAGAUACUUGCGAAGGAUCAUUUGAUAAGUGAUUGGAACGUUUCAAAAAAAUUGGUAUUGUUUCUUAUCAAUACAGCGCAGCUUUCGGGUAAUGGCGAGUACAUUCAUCUUUGUUGGACACUUUUAGAACAACAGGCAGCUCAGUAUAGCCAUGAUUCAAGUAUCUUGAAUGCUUUUGUCAGUGAGCACUUGCCCUACUUGGUUAACAUUGUUUCGGAUUUCAAUUUUGAGAGAUUGAUCAACUCGAAGAUGGUGAAUGAUUCAUUCGCUAAGUUUGAUCUCUCCAAGGACAACAUUUAUGGACUUAUGACUAUAAUGACGUACCUUGUUAACAUCGCGGGCUCGAGAGAAGUGUCAUCUGAGGCGAAGCUGAGAAUUUUGCAAUACCAAGCGCACCUUUUGAAAGAAUUUGAAGACACUGAGAACCACUAUUUGCAGCUUUCGGAAGAGCUCCUUCAAUUCAAACACAAUUUGAUAAACUCAUUCACUCUCUUGAUUGCGUCAUCAACUGCCAGUGGGCUGAGUAAAGCGGUGAUCUUGAUGGACUAUUCACAUAUUCUCGCCAUCAAUUAUCUGAAAGGUGUGGAGAAUUUUGAAGGUGCUUUCAAGGCAGGUUUCAACUUCAAUGCCCUCACCUGGAAACUCAUCAUCAACAGGAAUUAUGUGGUGGACAAUUUAUGCAAAGACAGGGGAAUGAAGAUUGAGGAGUUUGUCGCGAGACUUCUAGGUCUGUCUUUGGAGGUGAACGAAAAACAUGCCUUGUUAUGCUCCCUCAUCUCCUUAGGUCAUGAGAAGGUGAAUAUCGAAGUUUUCAAAAGCUUACUCAAGGGGGAUGAGAGCGGAGCGCUUGAGAAUGGCCGUGUGUUGGAUGCUUUUGCAUCAUUUUCUCAAGACACUAACAAUUCAUAUUUCUUGAGCAUCUUCGAAGGUGCUUUUCAAAGGCUUCUUGAAGGCUGUGACAACAAUGAGUGGGCAUCCAAGUUUAUGUUCAAGCUUUCAAGCAUUGGCAAGCUGAAAGAAGUUGUGAAUAUUGUAUCGCAUGAACGUAUCAAGAAGCUCAGCCUUACGACAGAGGGGGAUAUCAAUUUUUUGGCCUCCAUUCUUACGUGCCACAUCGCUUUGAACAAUGAUAACGAGGUGAUGGCUAUAAUGAAAACUUUCUUCUCGGAUAGAGAAGGAAACAAACAUUUGAUGGAAUCAAAUGAACUAUUGAAGAUAGUGGUCGACUUCUAUAUAUCUAGAGGUAAUUACGCUAUCGUCGUGGACCGUUUUGGCGAAUUGGCGAAGCGGUCAGUGGUUUUAAACGAACGGGUGAAGUUUGCCAAUUUCAUGAUGCAGAUGACAGGAGAAACUCCUACUAAGCAAGACAGCACCGACCAAAAUGUGGCCACAUUUGCAAUCAGUCUUCUCUCUCAGCAUGAUGUGGGUGGUAUGAACAAACUUUUCGAGCUGAACUCGAAGUUUCUGCGCACCGCAGGUGCAAUUUUUGAAAGCAUGGUUGAGCACUUGACUGCUGCGUCGGGACUAACCACGGACUCGCGUGCGAUCCGAGCUAAGUUUGAAGCUGCUAUCAGACUUUGCAAGACGAUGCGCUUGAAGGAGUUGGCGGUGGAUCACCUUGUUAGUGUGAUUCGUCUCCUCGGACUCAUGGACGCUCGUGACUUGUUGAACGUUCUUGUCAAUAAGUUUGUUAACCGAGGAGAGACAGCGUCGAUUGUCAACCUCUACUUCAUGCAAAUUCGGGUCACGUCGGCCCACGAAGCCAGCGUGCUCAAGAAAGAGUUUGAGUCGGCUUUGCAAAGGGUGGGUGACAAAAUCAACUUAGCAAGGCUAGCACAAGCAUAG